UAUUUGUAAAUUGCAGGUAAUAAAAAAAAUUGCAGGUGAAAAAAAAAAUAUUGUGGAAUAUUAGUUAGAUUAAAAAUUGCAUUUAAAGUUUCUGGCGCUUGAUAUGCCAAAAAAAAGUAGUUCCUGGGGAGUAAAUACAAAAUCAGUUGAGGCAAACGAGCGAAAAGCUGAAAAAAAGAAGAAUGAGCUGGAAGCAAAGCAGCGUGCAACAGAAGAUGCAAAAUGGGUAGACAAUGAUAAAUUAAUUGAAAGAAAGCAGCUUAAAAAGGAGAAUGAAGCUCAAAAGAAACAGGAAGCAUUAGCAAAAAAACUUGAAGCAAAAAAAUUGCUUGAAGAAGAAGAAGCUAAGUUGUCUUCAAAGUCAGCAAAAGUUGCCACUGUUCCACAAAAGAAAGUCACACGUUCUGACAUUGAAAAACAAAAAGAAAAAGAGAAAAAGCAAAACGAAGAUAUGUUAAAGGAGUUGGAAUUACAAAAAAAGCGUAUUGGAAAAAAUCCUGAAAUGGAACCAGAAAAUCCAAAUAGAAAAAUGGCUCAAAUGUUAGAAGAAGAAGAUAUAAUUGAAGCUCGGAAUAUUGAUGAAGCUGUUGCUGCGCUUAAGUUAGGCAAUGAUGGCUCUGUUGAUAACCAUCCAGAAAAAAGGUUAAAAGCAGCAUACAAUGAGUAUGCAGAACGAGAAAUGCCAAGAAUCAAAGAAGAAAAUCCUGGAUUACGCUUGUCACAAUGGAAACAGAUAUUAUGGAAAGAAUGGCAAAAAUCUGAAGACAACCCCCUUAAUCAAAGAUAAGAUAAAAAGUUAAAUAUAUUGUGUAACUAUGUGUAAAAUAUAGUGUAACUAUGGAACUUUUGUUAACCCUAGCUUUUCAAAAUAAAUUAAAAAUUUAUAAA